AUGCCCUCACUCUCUAGCCUCUUUGGCCUCUCCGCCGCGGGCGGCGGCGACCCCCAGUUCAUGAUUGCCGAGUACCUCAUUGCCAACAUUCUCAUUUCGCACACGCUCUCGUCUACGCGUGGCCUGAAAUGGCUGUGGCGCAUCGACAACCACGUCUCGCCGCGCACCGACCUCGAAAAGUCUGGCCCGCGCGCCGUCCUCGAGGGCAGACUGCAGCAGAGCCAGCUCGACAUGCUGCGGCGCAACGAGUCGGCGCACGCCAACUCGAUGGAGCACUUUCCCGUCUUUGCCACGGCGCUGAUACUCGCCAAGAUGGCGGGCGUUUCGGCGGCAGACAUCAACUACGCCGGGCUGACGUAUACCCUGGCGCGACUCGCUUUCGUGGGCAAUUACAUUCUCAGCAGCACACUGAUUGGAGCGGCUUUGAGGCCGGUGUUUUGGUGGACGGCGCAUGUCGCUUGCUUGAAGCUGAUUUGGAGGGCUGGGAAAAUAUUCAAUGGACUGUGA